CGUAAAUUGAAGCUGACUAAUGUUUAAUUAUCAACAACACACGCGAAGGGGAUUGUGACGCUUCUAUCAAUACCUAUCCCACAUGUCUCUAAGCUGUUUCCGCUCUUCAAACGCACGGGUCUUGCCGAGGUGCCGAAACAAAUUCGGCUUGAAAUGUUCAUAAGAUACAUUAGAGUCACGCUGAUGACUGCGACUCUUCCUAAAAUCCACUCUAAUCUGACGUGAGUCUUCCUGAUGCAGUCAACCGGUGCUCGCUCAUGCGUUCGAGAUGAUACGUUCACUUAGUACAAUUGUCUGCCGUUACUGAGCUGACUAAAUAUUGUGGCAUUUAUUAUCAAUACAAUUACAAAAGAAAGCAACUGUUAGACGAUUAAAUGGCAGAUGUAGUCGAAAUUCGUUGUUGCAAAAACAAAUCAAAAUAUGAAUGAGUUAAAAAAUUAGUAGAAAAUACGAUAUUACCUAUCGUGCACGAACAAAACGCAGACGCCAUGACGUAUUUAAUCGUUGAGAGCGUUUAACGUCCUUUCCCUUCCUAAAUUUUCCGCUAACGACGACGUUAGACUUUCGGCCCCUUUCGGAAACGAACAAAAUCACGGUGAAACGUAUUGGCCUUAGUCGAUAAUGUCAAAACUUUAUUGAACACCAGACAUCAACACAAUGGCUAAUGAGCGAAGGAAACAUUUCAAUAAUGCUAGCUGGUAUUACCUUGCCACUUUAUCGCCGCGUGCGAAAGCAGACGGCCUUUCGAGCAAUUCUUUGGCGCCUUAAAGCGGCAGAUCUACAAAUCUUGCCUUGUUUAGAUGCCACGUCUGUUCCGCAUUUCUACAAAAACCACUAAUAUUAUUAGUCUGACCCGAUACCGUUCGCUAUAGAAAGCCGCCUGAAAACAACAUUGUAAUGCCAAAACUCUAGUGAUAAUAGUAACAGUCCGUUUGAAAGAUGGAUGAGCUUCGUCCCAUUUACCAGUAUCAUUGUAUUGUUAUGUACAAUGAAGCCAUUUCAAAUUAUUGCAUACCGCCAUGCUGUAUAACAAGUCGCUACCAUUGGAUCGUAAUAGAGUGACAAGUCUAGGAACAAUUCGUUGCGUCUCGUCUAAUGGGAUGUAAAGCCGCCGAACGAAAGCAUCGCACCAGACGAUCGGCUUCUACCAGCAUAAGACGAAGUGUACUCACCUUCGAAUUCGAACUCUGAGCACCACAUGUCCGGCAAUACGAAGGUUGAAAUCAAUCUUGCAAGACGGAGUACACAGUUGCAACUUGCGGCCUCUCGGCGUUUGGCUCAAACGAUGUUACGUCCGAAAAAACGUAGUCCACAACUUCGUUAAUCACCGCCAUUAUUAUGGCAAGCCGAAGUCACUUGACCCCGCGACCUACUUUUCCGAAGGUAUGUUGCGGAAUCAUGUCGGGGUUGAUCGUCGAUCAAGUUUGCCACGAACCCAGCCCAACGGAGCAUCGAUCAUCACGAACAGAGAACAGGGAAUUAGCGCUUUGUUAAGAGGAAAGAUUUUUUUUGAUGAAGCUCUUAUAGUUCAUGAGAACUUGGCGUUCAAUACGAUUACCGUUACUCCACAUACGCCAAUAUCAAUAAUGAAUAAUUAUCAGGACACAUUUGUUCAAGGAAGACACCGAUCUCGACUAUCUGUCACGGGCCAGAUGGAAAUGUUUCACGAACCAAAUAUUCCCUUAACUGGGCCGUUACACAAUGUGAAUGCGCCUUCGCUACAUAAUCAGGUAAGCUUGUUCACUGCCGGCCCAUUAAAGGCAGUUGAAAGCAGCGCUGUUGCUCCCAUGGAAUCUCCACCGGCUUACAAUACCUUUACUAUCGACAAAUGGGCAAAAACCCCUGCGGCAGUUCGCCUAAACCCUAGGUGGCUAAGUAAAAUAGAUGUGGAUAAUUCGCUUAUGAAUGAUUUCAUGAAAAAGCUACAACGAGGCAAAGUUGUUCCGAAUAAUCUCAAAUCACUGGGAGUAGAACCUCAAUCGGAGCAGUCUAUUGAAAAUACAUUUCCAGUAUAUGUACCACACCUGUCAUAUUUGCAAUGUGUGGGAUCAUUGUUACUGCCACAGGCCCUGGAUGCAAAAAAGACUCGGAAAUAUUUUUACUUUAUCCCGCAUAAAGCACACCUUAAGUACCGUGUCAUAACUCCAAAGGAGCUCAUUACCAGAGUACCUUUUGCUAGCCGUAGGUAUCGAAGGUUUGAAAUGAAUAAUUCGCUGCUCAAAUUUAUCGGCGGUGAUCGAAGUGAACCGAAAGUAAUGUCUAUUUCCCUUCGUCAUCAGGGCCGCCCAGCAAAUUUUAUCAAGGGCGGCUUGGCGCAUGGCUCAAUGGGAUUAAUAAAUCCUUAUAACAAAUUUGUACACAGGCAACCCGCCACCGACCUUGCUGUGUCGCAAACACACAGCGUUCCUCAAGUGCGCGUAUCAUCACCGCUGUUUCAUAGCUUCUCAAGUUUUUCUAAUACCAACGACCCUAGUGCAAAGAUGAAAUUUCGGGAGCUUGUCGUGCCCUACCCAGGGACCCCAUCUUACUUGCCACCCUCUAUUGCCUAUCACGUUCGGCCAAAUCAGUCCUUUCACUUCAAUCAACCACUUCAUAAAAUCGUGACUUUUAACAAACAAGUUCCAUCAAACAUGCUCAACUACGAUUUGCUACCAACUGGAGGAAGAUUAGCGCCGCUUACACGAAGACAGCUAGUCUUCGGUAAAGGUAUGGCGGAAUCGGGCCCGACGAGUAACGAUGUUCACCCACCAUCCUUUUACCCUGCUCCACUGGAACAUUUGUCGCCGGAUAUAGUCCAACAUUAGCAACUGCAAAGGCACUCUCCUAGAGACCGCACGCUGUCGCAAUCGCCGCCGUCUCUGAAGACACUGCAUCGAAUGCAAUAGUCCUAAACGAAAAUUCAAGUCGUCACAAACAGAACAACCUUAAGCCAUGCAAAAAAUCUGCCGAUGAAUCCUGACAAAUGAAAAGCACUAUUUGAUGUCGCUUCAAGAAACUAUUGACGGCCAAACAAAUCAAGCUUAUGCUUAUCACCAGAGGCAUCGUCGCGCGCGCCUCAAACCUUUCGAGCCAUCAUCACCUUGUGCAACAUCAGUAGCAAUAGCAACUGUAACAAUGGUCGAAACAGCAAACACAGUGGCACCCGACAUCUCAUUGGUUCCAAAUUCAUUGAUGGACAUCACUUGCAUGAUAUUGUCUGCCAGGCGCGUCGUUCCACACAGGAAUUCUAAGCAGUUUAAAAAACCAUCCACAUAGCCUAGGCAUACACAGAAAUAAAACUGUCCAACUAUCUGCCGAUCCGUCUUUUAUGUGAUAAAUCAUUGAGGCACACGAGUAAAACUUCAAUGGGAUGACUUCAUUGACUCUUUUUCUCUUCUAUGCUCGCUUUCCUCGUCGCCAUGUUAUGGGCUUUGCCACCCUUCCUGCUGUUGACAUCUGGGAUGUUACUACGCAGGGGUUGGCAAUAUUUAGCUAGACGAAGUUAUGACAACGCUUGAACAUUGAGGCUUGUGGACUGCCGAUGCCAUUUAUACUUAGUUUAUUUAAGAAAUAGAUACAAUAGUAUUGCUCCUAGAUGUAGGGUUAGGCGAAUAUUUAUUAUUCUGUAAACCGGUGAAUGUGUAUUUUGCGAUACGAAGCCAGUUUUGAUCUAUUGUUUGUUCGGCUCAUAAUUACUGUCUGCGUCAUGUCACUCUUUGCAGAAUAGACAAAUAGCUCAUCGAUAUCAAAAUGAGUUGAACUUCGUCCGUUGAACCGAUUUCAUCGCAAUAGCGUGUCGCAAUGGGAAGUAAAAAGGCACCAAACAGCGUUUGCCAACAGUCUAUGGGAUAUGACUCAUGGUCUAAAUAAAUGAUUUGAGAUCUAUUAUUGUCAAGUGUGAGUAUUUCGGCAUUGAUAAAAGACUACGACAAAUUACUCAACCUGUAUAUGUUUUGUCCAUUUAAUUAUUACGUAUUUAUAUAAUCGUUCUCUGAGCUGAUCAAUUCAUUUGCACACAACAACUUUCUUCGUAUUUAGAUAUAAGCAAUUACUUACACAUAUGCGUAUAUUUGUCUAUCAUAGCACAUCUGAAUAUUGGCGGGCAGACUACAAUUGUAUUUAUUAGUCACCACGCAUAAAGAUGAAUAGUAAGCAUUACACUGUUCUUAUUACGCCCCACAUUGCUACCUCUGACUUUGUUUACUAGUAUAGUAAAAGUUAUUACUAUGCCGCACAAACACCGUCUAACACAAGCCGCUUGUCUAUUCAAUUAUACGCAGAUUCUGUUAGCUGCAAUGUAGUCGUUAACAUUACCGCCAUGUAUUUUAUUUACGUGUAAAAUACAAUUCAGCUAUUUGAACAUAGCAUAGUUUGCUGUUAGGACUCUUAAAUUACAUUUAAUUUUUGCUAUAGGCAAUACUUCGCAACAAUUAUCGAGGGUCCUCGUCCAUGAAAUUGGUUACACGGUAAAAUGAUCGCAAUAAAAAAUUUGUAUGUCGAAAUUCAAUUGUUUUACUUUUGCCUUAGAUGCGUAAUAGCUACUCGUGCAUUUCGACUGCUGUCUUUAUCAACCUAAACUGUUAGAAGUAAUGCUAACCUAUGUAAGCGCUCAAAUCAAUGCUUUUGGUGUCCUACUUAACGUUCGAGUGAACUGUAAAAAAUCAUGGCAGAUUCUUUCGUGCUCUUUUAAAGACUUCAAAUUAAGUUACUUACCACAGUAAAGUGUUGCAUAUAUCGUAGACAAAACACGCUAUUAUCCAUUUAUAAACAAAAAAAUAGUAAGGUACGAAAAAAUAGCCAACGACAGUAAUCACACAACGAAUACGUAUUGUUGACGACCACAAUCGCGAAUCUUUAUUGCGCUGACGUAAACAUAUAUUAACGCUAGAUUUGAUUUUUGUUGGUGUCCUUAUUAAUGUUAACCAGAUGUCUUUGCUCUAUGUUUAUUUUCUGUCGCUGUUCUUCUCUUUUAUGGAUUAUCGCCAUCUAUACCGCACCAGCGGCAACUCCAUUUCACAGGGGACUUAUCCAUAUUUCUGUCACGUAUAUUUUUCGGACAUUCUCGCUGUUGUUUACUUUCCAUUUUCUUCAGCCAGAUUUUUUUCUUAGGUCUGCUGUCCAUAUUAGACAUUUAUGUCUACGACAAGUCGCUGGCUCUUUCUGUAUAUAUCCUGUUACGUUUGAUAAUUUUCCUGAAUAACAGCCAAUAUCUCUGUGAUGUUUUUAUUUUAAUUCGAUCUCUCAUGAUCCUUUUUCUUUCGCUUUCUAUACUUGCCCAAAAUCACAGUCCUUCGUCCGUCUCUUUUUCAGUAUCAUCUUAGUACCGCCCUCAACAACUAUCCGAGGCACUAAAUCUCACUGUCUGCCCUACCACACAAAGCAAAA